AUGGCAGACCGCCAGCGGGAACCUCCAGCAGGGACCCCGUUCUCGAUCUGGGUGUUUUUGCGCAGCGGCGCCGCCAGGCGUCCGCCCCCGUGGACCGACGUCCUGCGCGCGAUCCUCUCGAACGGCCACGUCGACGCCGAGGGGCAUCGCACGAACGCGAUAGCGAUUCCCUCGUACAUCCACCAGGCGCGCAGGGGGCUCCGAAACGAGAUCGAGGACGCCGUCAAGGGACUGUUCCCAAGGGGCGCGCCCUUCUCCGCACCGGCCGCGGAUCUCCACCAGCUGCUCACCGACGCCGCAAGCUGCAGCUUCGAUCUGUCGCGGCUGCGCGACCUCGCCGGACGCUCGCUCGGCGCCAACGGCGCAGGGACCGACGAACAGCGCGAGCUCGAGCAGGCUCUCCGAAUCCUCCGCGCCGUCGCCUCGCCCGUCGCCACGCUCCUGCUCGGCGGCGAGGCGGGACGCGCAGACGCCGGCGCGCUCGCGGACUGGUGCCUGCGGUCCCUCACCGGCGGCGACCUCUCCGUCGGCGGCAUCGCCGCCGUCGUCGAGCGCGCCCUCGGGGACUACGACCAAGAGGUUGGGGAGUUCAUCCGAGGGAUUCUCCGCCGCCCGCCCUCUUUCAAAGGCGCCCUCGAGGGGUGCGAGAGGCUGAUCCAACGAGCACACCUCGAGCACCUCUCCUCCAAGGCGUGCCCGCGCGACGAGGAGCCGUCCGACGGCGGCGGCUCCGACGCCGAGGACGGCUACGACCAGUCCGGCAGCCAGCCUGACGACUCCGAGUCGGGCGACUGCGACACCGACAGCGCUCGCGACGACUUCACGAGCGAGCAGACCGGCCCCAGAGUCUUACCGCGCUCCGGAUCCUCUUUAGCCCAUCUCUGA